UAGGGUAAAAUAGUAAAUAUAUAUAUUUUUAAUUAGUAUUAAUUUAAAUAAGAGGGCUGUAAAGAGUAAAUUGGGGGGUGUGAAUAGAAUCACCCAAAGUAAAUUAGUGAAAAAGAGAUUUUCCAAGUGGGCCGGCCGACACUAGGUUUUCUAUUUCAUAACUUCAACCUUUGAUUGAUAGUAGGAGGAGUGGGUAAAAUCCGUACAGGAUCUUUUCCUUGUCUGUGUAAAAUCAUCUAAGCCUCACAAAUUGAGACAGAACCCACGAAUUUUCUCAGCAACUCACUGUUAUUCCUCAAAAUUUGCGGAUUCUAGUAAUCUGGAAAAUAUACAAUUGUGUUAAUCUUCCUCUCUUCUUACUUCACUUCAGUAAGUGCUGCAUUUGAAAUCCCUGUUUUUGCUUGAAUUAUUAUUGUGCCAUUUUGGGUUGUCAAGUCGUCCAGUUUAUGUGUAACGACGUCGUGUCAGAUACUUGUAGAAUUUCUGAAACGUCGAUUCUAUCUUUUCUUUUUGUUGGGGUGGGGUGGUUUGUGGUGUGGAGAGAAACAAUUAUGCUUAAAUACGGUUGGGAGGCAUGUUUUUGGUCAUUUCCUUGUUGAUGAACUACGCCAGUUCCUUAAGCUUGGUAGAUUCAAAAAAUGAUGGUGAAAUGGACGACGAUUGAAGUAUUCUUCAGAUUAGCUUGAUCAUAGACCCUAGAAUUACUGGUUUUUUCUUCUUCUCAAUAUUUGGUAUUGCUGCGGAAAGAAUAUGCUAGGGGUUCAACCUUUAAGUUAGCGCCUAAUUUCUUGUGAUAAACAUUGCAAAGAGCCUAGAAACUCAAGAUAUUGUUUGUGAUGUCUGUUCAUUUUUCACGUUCCGAGUAAUUGCUGUUUCUGUUUUGAGUUGGUAUGUAGGAGUUUCGUGAUGUCUAAGGCCCUGUUUAGUUUCAACUUAGAGAAAAUUGUCUUUAGUUAGCUUUUCAAUCAGUGUAUUAUGCUUAAGCUGAAAGAAUUUAAAGUAUGUGCUCUGAGUAUAUUACGUGGAGAUCUCAGAUAACGAGGAAUUGAAGAAAUUCUGUUCUUGAUGAAAUAGUGUAUGACCAUCACAAUCAUCCUGCUGGAGUUUUAGUCUUCAUUGGACUAAGCACCGAACACUUAUUAUUGUUCUUCAUGAGUAAUAUGAAGCAAAGAGAACCUCAUGAAGUUCCUUGCAGUUUAAAAAUAGAGUUUGACACAAUAAGCAACUUACCAGGGCACAUUGUUGACAAAAUCCUGUCACAUUUAUCUCUGAGGGAUGCCGUUCGAACAAGUAUUUUGUCGAGCAAGUGGAGAUACAGAUGGGUUACCCUCCCUUAUCUUGUUUUUGAUAAUCAAUCGGUUUUAGUCUCUACCCAAGAUCAAACACUUAUAAAGAACAAACUAGUGAGUAUUGUUGACCAUGUCCUAUUACUUCACACUGGCCCGAUACACAAAUUUAAGUUUUCCCAUCGAGAUCUCCAAGGUGUUAGUGAUAUUGAUAGAUGGAUUCUGUACUUAUCAAGGGGUUCUGUCAAAGAAUUCAUUCUUGAAAUAUGGAAAGGUCAUCGAUACAAGCUUCCAUCAUCUAUAUACUCAUGUCAAAAGCUGAUACAUUUAGAACUUUUUAACUGUCUCUUAAAACCACCACCACACUUCAAUGGCUUUAAGAACUUGAAAAGCCUUGACCUUCAGCACAUUACAAUGGACCAAUUGGCCUUUGAGUAUAUGAUAUCAAGUUGCCCUUUACUGGAGAGGCUGACAUUGAUGAACUUUGAUGGCUUCACCCUUCUUAAUAUUCAUGCUCCAAAUCUCCUUUUCUUUGAUGUUGGAGGUGUCUUUGAAGACGUCAGUUUCCAUGAUACUUUCCAUCUUGCCGUUGUUUCUAUUGGUCUAUAUGUUAAUUCUGGAAUUGAGAGAAAUCUAGCUUUUGGCAGCACAGGGAAUUUGAUUAAAUUCUUUGCUUGUCUACCUCAUAUUCAAAGGCUUGAAGUGCAAAGCUUUUUUUUAAAGUAUUUGGCUGCUGGUACUAUUCCUGGAAAGCUACCAACUGCAUGUCUUGAGCUUAGUUUUCUUUCAAUUCGCAUCAACUUUAAUGAUAUGGAAGAGAAUUUGGCUGCUCUUUGCCUUCUGAGAAGUUCUCCCAAUCUUCAGGAGCUUGAGCUGCUGGCUCGCCCGGAGGAACAGGUUACUGCUAGAACGGCUGCCAAUGUAGACAUUUUUCAGAACUGUCCUUUCAAUCAACUGCGGCUUAUUAGGAUUGUUGGAAUAUCUGGCAUUAGACAAGAGCUCAGUUUUAUCAACUUCUUGCUUGCAAAUACACCUGUUCUUGAAAGAAUGACUGUGAAACCCUCCUCGGUGGAUAGCGGAUGGGAUUUAGUGAAGGAGUUACUCCGCUUUCGACGAGCGUCCAUGUUUGCAGAGAUCAUUUAUCUCGACCCGUAGCUUAGUCGACCAUCGUUGAACUCAGAACCACGUUAAAACAGUUGAUGGAUUUCUUCUUUUGAUGUGAGCAUUCAUGCUGAUGUUGAAAGAGAAGGAAAUACGAUUGUUGUCCAUUUUCUUUUCUAGUAUUAUCUUUUUACUUAGUUGAGACAUUCUUGAUAGGAGAAUGCUAAGUAUCAGUUACUUUUCGAAAUAUUGGAAUGUGAUAGCUUGCUUGGAAUUGGUUGCUGCUGAAGUCUUUGAUUCUUCUCGUGACCAUUUUGUUUUUUAUUUGUAGUAAAUGUUAUUGUGAAGAAUAGUCUAAUGUAUAUGGUUAAUUUCUUCAAA